GCCUAUUAACAGAUGAGCUUGGAGGAGAAGUUUACAGACUCCUGUUUCACAGCCGUGGGGGACAGAGCAGCUUUGAGCCGAGAGAAACCAGAAGCACCUGCAGACUCAGUUGCCUCUUUGGGCAAGAACUUUUUUCCCAUCGUCUUACCGAGACUGGUCAGUACCUCUACCUCUUUGACUUUAGGCGCUGUUUUUGUCAAACUUUUUUUUUUUUGAUUUGCCUGUGAGUGAACCUUGAACAGCCGCCACGAUGUAUAACAUGAUGGAAACCGAGAUCAAGAGCCCUCUCCCGCAGUCCGGCUCGGCGCAGGGCGCAAAGAACAACAGUGCCAGCGACCAGGAGCGGGUGAAGCGGCCGAUGAACGCCUUCAUGGUGUGGUCCCGGGGCCAGCGGAGGAAGAUGGCUCAAGAAAAUCCCAAAAUGCACAACUCUGAAAUCAGCAAGCGACUUGGCGCUGACUGGAAACUUCUGACCGACGCUGAAAAGAGGCCAUUCAUCGACGAGGCCAAGCGUCUACGCGCCAUGCACAUGAAGGAGCAUCCGGAUUAUAAAUACCGUCCCCGCAGGAAGACCAAGACCUUGCUUAAGAAAGACAAGUAUUCUUUGCCCGGGGGACUGUUGCCACCUGGAGCCAACGCCGUCAACAACGCGGUGGUGGGGCAGAGGAUGGACGGUUACGCGCACAUGAACGGGUGGACGAACAGCGCGUACUCCCUCAUGCAGGACCAGUUGGCCUACCCUCAGCAUCACAGCAUGAACAGCCCGCAGAUCCAGCAGAUGCACCGGUACGAGAUGGCGGGGCUGCAGUACCCGAUGAUGUCCUCGGCGCAGUCCUACAUGAACGCGGCCUCCACGUACAGCAUGUCCCCGGCGUACACGCAGCAGACCAGCAACGCCAUGGGACUGAGCUCCAUGGCGUCCGUGUGCAAGACCGAGCCGAGCUCACCGCCCCCGGCCAUCACGUCCCACUCUCAGCGGGCGUGUUUGGGGGACCUGCGGGAUAUGAUAAGCAUGUACCUGCCGCCCGGCGGGGACAGCGCGGAGCACUCCUCCCUGCAGAGCAGCCGGUUACACAGCGUCCACCCGCACUAUCAGAGCGCAGGGACCGGCGUCAACGGGACGCUACCUCUCACCCACAUCUGAGAGCGGCACGAAGAGGAAAAAGACUAAAAACUUCAUAAAAGUACUUCGGAUACUUGAACUUUUUGUUUUGGUUGCUAAAGAAACGACGUUCAAACAGUUUUUUUUGUUCAACUUUUAUCUCAACACCGUUUUUGAGUUCAUCCACAUGAAUUUGAAAUGGAUCGAAACUGAGCGUUGAGCCCAUCAGAGUAAAUUGCAUUGCAAAGAGGCUUUUUAUCACAAGUAUAAGCAAUCAACAUAAGUAGAAGAAUUGGACUUCUAUAUUUUAAAUAAUGCCAUAUUUUCUCUCUAUGAAAAGGCAUGUGGCCUCGUGAGGAGGCCGGUGUAUUUCAGAAAAGCUGGAUGGAAACUUGGUACAUAAAUGUUUACACUUAAUUUGUAGAAUGUCAGUUGUCUCGACUGUGUCCAAAUUUUGUAAUCUCUUGUCUCUCUCUUUUUUCCCCCUCCUCCCCUCCCUCAUGACCUAGGUUAAAAUGAAAUGUUAAGACUGUGCGGGUCGCAAACGCAAGUUUUAUUUAUAGUACGAUAUUUUUUUCUUUUCUUUUUAGCUUGUGAACCCGAUGUUUUUUUUUGUCACGUGAAAAAUGUUCAAACUUUGUUUUUGUAAAAAUGUUCUGUGAUGGUUCUGACAGUGUCAUGUUUACUCAUUAUCCUGAACGAAAAGGUUUAUUUAAACUGACGUUUCUACAUAUUUUAAGACCAUCCUCUAUUCUUAAAUGCUGAAUAAAUUUGUACGAAACAUGA